CUGGAGCGACGGUGUCUAAAGGGUGAAGUUCUAUUUGGCUGUUUGGAGACUUGGCUCCUGUGGCGACUGACGGGUGGCGAAACCUGGUGCACCGAAGUUAGUUGCGCCAGCGCCACCGGCAUGUUCGACCCGUGCAUUGUGAGUCCAAUUUUUAUCACAUACAGAGUAGAAAAACAAUAG